AUGUAUGAUUUCGACUUUUCUGGUUGCGGAACUUCAGAAGAUUCAAUGCAGAAUGGUGCUCAGCAUCAGUCAGAGUUGACAAUGUUGGGAGACUUCAGAUCACUAUACUCUCAGCGUCAGUCAGGAGACUUCGGAACAGGACACUCUCAAUACCAGACUUGGGAUGGAUUGUCCCAAACUUCUGCUCCUUUCUCUUUCACGUUCCCUCCACUCAACAUCAACUGGGAUGAUCCAACUCUGUACGCUCAACUACCUCCCCUCAAUAAUUUCUUAGAAGCCACUGAUAAUCCUGGACAAUGCCACACUGAAAACGAUAUCAGCCAACUGGAGAAUCUACAGGUCGCGGGUCACAUGACCCAAGACAGUCAACCUGCCAACGGUCCUGCACAACACCACGCUAUCAGUCAACCUCCGGAAAGUCUUGCACAAUGGCACACUGAACAUGUUCAAGGUAACACUAACACACAGGAUGCUCUAGUCGGUGCAGCAACGGGCCUCGCAUCCGAUGCCAACAAUUCAUCUUGGGCAGCAAGAAAUCCCAACAGGCCCAUCAUUGAACCACGCGUCCCACUUAAUCCUGCACAGAAAGCACGUCAACGCAAAGAAUCCGAGGAAGCACUGCACAGUUCGAUUCGGCAGCUUCUGGCGGAGCAGGCACAGAGGAUGAAUGAGAUUGCUCUGGAGCAUGGCGUCUCUGUGGAGAAGGUGAAGAAGCUGAUGGGAGGCACUAAGCACUAUACAGCGAGUCGAAGUGCACAACUGGAGAAUGCUCUUAUGCACGCCAAAGCUGAGGAAGUAAAUAAAGAUCUACCGUGGGGCGCCAAAUAUACUCCUGGAGAGAUCCGUCAGAUGGUGAAGGACAAUAGGAACAUGCAAAAUCUGACAGAAGAGGAAAAGAAGGAGCUCGUUGACAAGCUCAGUGAGCACCGAGCCUUGCGCAACAUGAGCGUGCGUGCCACAAAUAUGGUGGCUAUGCGUGAUGUUCAGUCAACUCUAGACACCAUCUUCAAAAUGCUUGACGGUCUCGCUGUAAGAACCGGGAUAUAUGCUUGCCUAUUCACCUCUCGUGGUCAUGUUUACGACACCACACAAGCCACAUGGUUUGGGACCAACAACAUUAUGGAUUUCUGGGAGGACGUGCUGCAAGUGGAGGCCAAUGAGAUCAUAUGGAAGCUGGAGCAAUGGGCAUGCAUGAUAGGUCGAAACAUUGACGAAUGUGAAACAGUGCAGAACAUGCAGCGCGUCUGUACUCGCCUGCUCAACUCAGGACUUAGGACUUUAGCCAAGAGACGCGACAUCCGUAUCAACUACACAAAUUUCGAUACCGCGAUAAAGGAGAAGCUGUCGAUCGAUAUAAAGGGCUGGCCCGAAGGCGUUGUUUUUCAAUCGCCCACCAGUGUGAAUGAUCUCCCUGCUCUCCUCAAGCUUCGAGGUGCGCUGAAGGAUGGCUCCUGCCACUGGUUCCGCAUGACUCCCCAUCAGCGUGACGAGUUCCAUGCUCUACUGGAUGCAUGCCAUAAGAGGGGAGAAAAGGGGAAGGAGAAUGCCCCUCCUAGAAAGCGGGCGCGAGCACCAGGGUCAUCAGCACAGGCUCCAAAGAGCGCCGAGUUCAUUGACUCAUCUGAGGAGGAGGAGAGCAGCGAGGACAAAGUUUAA